AUGGCCGUCUCCUGGCCCCCUGUCACCAAGCCCGUGUCUCCUGGCCCCCUCAAGCCUGUGUCUCAGAAAGACUGUGUCUCCUGGCCCCCUGUCAGCAAGCCUGUGUCUCAGCAAGCCUGUGUGUCCUGGCCCCCUGUCAGCAAGCCUGUGUCUCAGCAAGCCUGUGUGUCCUGGCCCCCUGUCACCAAGCCCGUGUCUCCUGGCCCCUUGUCAGCAAGUCUGUGUCUCAGCAAGACUGUGUCUCCUGGCCCCCUGUCACCAAGCCUGUGUCUCCUGGCCCCCUGUCACCAAGCCCGUGUCUCCUGGCCCCUUGUCAGCAAGCCUGUGUCUCAGCAAGACUGUGUCUCCUGGCCCCCUGUCAGCAAGCCUAAGUGUCCUGGCCCCCUGUCAGCAAGCCUGUGUCUCAGAAAGACUGUGUCUCCUGGCCCCCUGUCAGCAAGCCUGUGUCUCAGCAAGACUGUGUCUCCUGGCUCCUUGUCAGCAAGCCUGUGUCUCAGCAAGACUGUCUCCUGGCCCCUUGUCAGCAAGCCUGUGUCUCAGCAAGACUGUGUCUCCUGGCCCCCUGUCAGCAAGCCUAAGUGUCCUGGCCCCCUGUCAGCAAGCCUGUGUGUCCUGCCCCCCUGUCAGCAAGCCUGUGUCUCAGCAAGCCUGUGUCUCCUGGCCCCCCACCAGCAAGCCUGUGCAUCACUUUCAAGUGUUUAA